GAUAUCAGAAUGAUAUUCAUAUCUUUAUAACUUAAAUAAAAAUUAUGUGUCAGAAUAGCAGUAACCAUUUAAUAAACCACCGCCUGAACAGCUUUCGCGCGCUUCUAUCACAGACGCUGAAAAACAGAGAACAUCUUAAAAUCGAAACACUACAGAGAAAAGACGAAGGAUAGAGACAUGGCAUUAGCGGGAGCUGCUGGUGGCGAUGGGGCUCCAUCUCCCAAGAAACAUAAAUCCUCACCGUUUCAAGCCGCACAACAGAAAAUCUACAUCAUGGAAACACCAGAAAUCAGGAAAAACCCAACAGAUGCUAAAGAAUAUGCUGUUACAAACGUUCUAUCAACCACCACAGCAUUCAACACAAGACACGAACUCUACCUAACCAUCAAACAUCUCGAAAAAAUCAAAAAGUCAACUGGGAAAUGCCUACUCAUAAGAGGUUUUAGUCAAAGAGAUGAUCAUUCCAUAAGGAUAACUGACACCACCAUUGUCAUGGAUACUGCUAUGGAAAAGAGUAUCUCAACUGAAAUCAUCAAAACGCAUAUUGAACCGGACAUAUUAUCAAUUGCUGAAAUCAAGACAAAGCAAAAAGGAGACAGAGUUUCUGUCAAAGGCCAUGUAGACAAAAUUACCAACGUCUUGGAGACAAAAACAUCGAAAAGGAGGAUCAUCACAUUAACUGACCAAUCAGGAUCCCUUGACAUCAAAAUGUGGGGCUCUCACGUCAACAAACUCACCAACCAAUACGAUGAUAUAACUAUCAUAUGCCUAACAGUGGAUCUGUACAUGGGAAGAGUUUCACUAAACUCAAAUACAUCCACAACACUGCAGGUCAUGCAACAAGAGCAAUCAAUUCAUGGCAAAAUUGAAGCAGCCUCCUUUGAAAGAAAUCAAAUGUCAAUAAUGAUCAAUGACAUCAUCUAUAACUUGACUGAAGAGUUGAUGAAGAGAAUUUUCCCAGAAAUGAACUACAUCGACAAUAUGAGAGUGUCAAUCAAUGUCAAAGGAAACUCCAUUGUUCAAAUCAAUAUGGUUACAGCAGAAAAUGACUGGGAGCUACAGCUAGAACAACACGAAUGAAAACUACAAGGAACAUUUCAACUGUACCAAACAUAACUGUAUUACAUUUGACAAAAGAAUGUCAAUCAUUGAUGCCUUGUGCUUCCUAACUAGACCUGGUUUUAAGUUUGACUUGCAGGAACAAGAUUUGUUUUCUAUAUUUUCCUUUUUAAGUUUUAUAUCUGAAGCUUCUGUUUUAAAUUAGACCAAACCAUUAAUAAGUAUGGUUUGACUCAAAACCAAGUUUGGUUUUAGAUAUUUUGUUAUCCCUGGAUGUAUAAUAGGAUAUAGAAGUGAUUAAACAAAAGGAAUCAAAGUUGGACAAAACCAUGGAAUUUGACUGUAAAAAUCAGAGAAUUUUUACAAUAUUUUAUCUUCACAUUAUUAACCAAAAAAUGACAAUAUCAAUUGGGUAAAUAUAGAAAACUCAUAUAACAACCAUUUGUUUCGUAGAUUUAUGAUAUCUCAAAUUUACCACUUCAAAUUAACCAUACUGUUUUUGACAAUAGAAUGUCAAUACCUGAUUUCUUGUGCUUUCCUAUUAGACUCAAUUUAGCAUAAGCUUUGACUAAAGCAAAAAAAUUUAGAUUGUAGUUUUUCUCAUUUCGUCGAAAGUUUUGUUUAAAGUAAGACAAACAAGGUUAUUAAAUGUAAAUAUUUUAUUACAAUUUCCAUCGUUUGUAGAUUUUAGAUUUAUAUUUUUAUGUUUCUAAACUGAGAUACAUUUUACCAUCUCUUCUAAUCCACAAAAAAGACUUCCAUUUUGCAGUUAAAAAAUUCCAGUUUGAUCCUGAUUAUAGAUUUUAUACAACUUUUCAUAUCCACAAAAUAUGCAUUUUAAAAAAAAUCAAAAAUUUCUUUAGUUCAUUUGCUUAUCUGUACAGACACUAAAGUUUCUGGAAAAAACCCCCAUUUCUCCCCAUAUAUUUAGAAAUUCCAUAAUAAAAAAGGAAAAAAAAGUCUAUAUUAUUAUAAUGUUCUAAGAUUCAAAUUGCCUACCAUAGACUAACUGCAACUGUAUAUCGCAUGUCUUUCCCUUUUUUAAUUUUCUUCCGUCCAAUUCUGCUUAUAUUAUAAACACAUUAUACAACGAAAAAAUUGUUUACAUUUUACAAAACCUCAUUUACCAAUUGUAAACUGCUUGUAAAUAAAAACGAACGUUCAUUUUGUAAUGUGUUCAUGUGUAUUUGGAUACUAAUUUAUAUCAUGAUCUCUAUCUACAUAUUAUGAAAUGCAACAUAUCUUUAAUGACAGUAAACUUGGGUAGAACGGGAUAAUAUCGACCACCGGUCAAUUUCGACCACAUUACAAAAACU